AAUAAUGGAGACAAAUUAUCAACAUAUUUAAUUUUGGUGAUAAUGUCAAGUGCAUCUGAUGACCAUAAACGAAAUGUUAUCAGAAAUACAUGGACAUUCUUAUCGCAGCAAAAAAAGAUUCCUGAAAGUUUUUUAGGACCAAAGAUCUUUCGCCACUUUUUCUCAAUCGGUGUGGAAAAUCUCUCAGAAAAUAUGCUCAACUCUCUCGAAGGAGAACAUCGAGCUUUCGGUGAUCUUCUUCUUCUGCCUAAUCUGGUCGAUACGUAUAGCAAUUUAACGAGAAAAACAUUGCUUUCGAUUGAAUCUAUCUAUCGAUUGUAUGAUUUCAGCUUCAUGUUAAAGGUUGAUUCCGAUUCAUUUGUACGCGUGGGCGCUUUGGUGAAAGCGCUGAAAGAUAUUGCUCAUCCUCGUCUCUACUGGGGUUUUCUUGAUGGUAGAGCGAAACCAAGACGUAAAGGGCAAUGGGCGGAGAGGGAUUGGUUGCUUUGUGAUCAUUAUUUGCCUUAUCAACUUGGCGGUGGUUACGUGCUUGCAUUUAAAUUAGUUGAAUUUAUCGCGAAGAACAAAGAGCUACUUAAACUUUAUAAGAAUGAAGAUGUUUCUGUGGGGGCUUGGCUGGCUGGUCUUGAUCUUCGUUAUGUUCAUGAUCCAAGAUUUGAUACAGAAUUUAAAUCACGUGGUUGUAAUAAUGAAUUUAUAAUCACUCAUAAACAAUCGCCAGAUGCUUUACAGGAUCUUUAUCAAUCGCUGGUUAAUUCAGGAAAGUUAUGUCAAUCGGAGUAUCGUUCACGUGGUUCUUAUGUAUAUGAUUGGUCAGUUCCUCCAAGUCUUUGUUGCAUUCGUCGUAAUGAUACAUCCGUACCCUAG